AUGGCCUCUCAUUCUCAAGUCUCUUCAAUCAAUCAGGCCAACUCGUUAUCCCAGGCCCCUAUCGAAAACCCCUCUGCGCCCCCCAUCAAUAUUCUCCCCUCCAAACUAGCGCAAGCGUAUUCAUAUGCGCACCCCAUACUUCUCUUAGCAAUAUGUGCUGCACGAUUCGAGGCAUUGGUAGCCAACCCAGUGCAGGAGCUGCUUGCUGACCUGCCCUGGUUGGCUCUGCUCCAACUUUUCUACGUGAUACUCUGUCUUCCGCCUGCCGCAUCACCAGCCGCAGACAGUUCAUCUGCAAGUGAUGCAAAGGCAACACGCUCCCGUUCAGGCAAGCCUGGCUAUCGCCGAAAAAAUUCUGGCAAGAACGUCUGGGCUGCUGUGUGGGCCAAGUUGAUGCCUGCCUGCGUUUCGCUAGGUCUGACAUUGCUUGCAACUCCAGUAAUUGCAGCGCUCCUCGUCAUGUUCGGCGCCCCGCUCACCACUCACAAUUACGAAACCGUACUCUGUGCAGCCCACAUGGCCCUCCUCUCUGCUUCUCAGCUGGCAUACGUCCACGGUGUUGAUGGUCACGUCUGGAAGGAGGUUUGGGGCAUCGCUCGGCCUGCAGAUAGUGUCUGGGGAAGUGCCCUCGGCACAAGCCUGGGCGCCUGGUUUGGUGCCAUCCCUAUCCCACUGGAUUGGGACCGCCCAUGGCAAGCGUUCCCCAUUACCAUCCUGGCUGGCGCAUACAUUGGCUAUGCGCUGGGCGCAUUGGCCUCCCGGACACCUCUGCUCUAUGGUAAACGCAUCCAAUUUUCCUCGAACUCGGAGGAAGAAGACGAGAAGAAGACCAACUAG